GAGCGUUCUGGGUAAUUUGAACGUUCGUAGGUUUACCAGAAUUGAAAAGUAGGUUUUAAAUUAUGUAUUGGUGCAUCUGAUUAAACAAAGAAAUUGAUGCGCAUUUUCAUUUUUCAGAAAUAGGGGUUUCUGUAUCAAAACAAUGUGAAAAAGUCCUUGCUCUUUCGCUCUUUCAAAUACAUUUUGGUUUGAAAUUUCAGUUCAAAAAGUUGGGCAAUGUGAGGAAUUAAGUUGAUCUCCUUGUUGUGUCACAGCUCUUCAAGAGAUUUACAAGCCCCUUAACACACCGCCACAGCUGAUCGGUUGGAGAUUGGAUGGUGGGGAUCCUUGCGAUGAAUCGUGGAAUGGAGUGUCCUGUUUUGGCUCCUCUGUGAUGUACCUUGAGCUUUAUGCAUGGUCUAGACCUCUCUGGGUCUAUUACUGCCGCGCUGUAUAAUCUGAAAAAAAAAAUUGAAGCAACUGGAUAUUAGUUCCAAUAGCAUUGGUGGUGAACUUCCAUGUGUGUUACCCCCUCAUGCAACUCAUAUAAAUAUGGCACGCAACAAAUUCACUGGAAAUAUCCCCCAGAGUUUAUCUGACAUGAAAUAUCUUGUGAAUUUGAAUCUAAGCCGCAAUUUGUUAUCAGGACCCAUUGGCAAUGUUUUUAAUGGCCUACAAAGUCUAAAGCAAUUGGAUUUGUCUUAUAAUAAUUUUACUGGAGAUGUGCACAAUUCAUUUGGAUCUCUUUUUAAUCUCACUGGAUUGUACUUGCAGAAUAAUCAAUUCACUCCAUCAGUUGUUUAUCCAGUAAUUGAUAUGAAAAUCCAAGAAAACUAUGGUGUCGUCCCAAACCAUUUUCAGUCCAUACCAAAUUUGUGGAUCGGGGGUAAUGGUUGUGAAGUAUCGGGGAACAACUGUCCACCCUGGGAUGUUCCUCUGGAAACCAAGGCAAGGGACUCAGAACAAAACACCUAUCUCCCUCCAGCAACUCAGUCAAGCGUUAAGAACUCAGGACACAAGAAUAAGAAGCUUGGAAUAUUCGUCACUAUAAUUGGUUGCAUCGUGGCGGCAGCUGCAGCCAUAGCAUGCAUGGCAGCCCACCAGGAUGCAAACAAUGAACCACCACCUGACCAGCCUGCUCGGCUUCAAUUUUCUCCCCCCAGGCCACCUGAGAGGCUAGAACUUGAUGGCAGGUUCAUGGCAGGACAGAAUUUCGAAAUAAUUGUUGCUGGUAAAGCCUAUCAUGCUGAUACAGAAGAAAAAGUAGUGAAGAUAGCAAAGAAAGACCAAGAGCCAGAGGAACCCCCUCCACAAGUUAAACUUGACACUUUCAUCGACCAUGUUGAGGAAGAUGACUGACAGAUAUUCAAGCUUAUUGGAAUCUGUCAUCUGUAAGCUCAUCUGUAAUGCCAG